UGUACAAGCGCGGUAAGAAAGGAGACAAUACGCGUCGCAGCUUCUGUUUAAUCGUACUGUAUUAGCCAGCAAGCCAGCUAUGGCGGCUGAUCUAGACCCGGAGUGGAUCUCUUGUCUCCACUCUUCAUGGCGUUAUGGAGUCACUCGAGAUGGACGUGUCUUCUUCAUCAACGAAGAAGCAAAGAGUACAACCUGGUUGCAUCCAGUCAGUGGAGAGGCAGUUAUAACUGGCCAUAGAAAAACUCCAGAUUUACCGACUGGAUGGGAGGAAGGAUUUACAUUUGAGGGGGCUCGGUGCUUCAUAAAGAACAUGGAAAUCGCCCCUACGCCCACUUCGCUUCCCUUCAUUGAAUGGUGCUUCGUUGUCUCAUCGCCCCCAACGCGUUCAAAGGUCACGGCCGUUUGAGACUGAAAAGCCCUAACUAUACGGAUUGAUCAACUAGGGUUUUGCAAGCCCUGCCGAAGGACCCUUUCUUGCCGAAUAGUUCACAGUUGGGUGCCAGAUUGAUCCCGUUGUCAUGAAUGGAUGCCGGGACCUACCAGAAGGAACAAAGGUGGGUAUCAUAACAUGUCCAGCAACGUGAUGGCAAUGGUUUAGCGACGUCCAGAAAUGUUCAUUCACUGUUUGCUUGCUAUUUUCACAGCUUGUCAGGCAAGACCUCAGAAUAAAAGUGUCAUGCGACACAAGUACCCUUGUGACACCUCCUCCGUUUUUGCCAGUCUCCCUCGACUUCUAUGAAAGGACACGCCAUCAUGAGGCCUCUGAUAGUGACCCGAGUGUUAUGUGAAAAGUUGAAUUCAAAAAUACCCGGCUUGAUAAACUAGUAGUCUAAUUCCCCAGCCAAGCAAAUGCAACUAUUAGUCAUUUAGGUUGUGAAAUGCAUUAGUAAAAAGUUUUGUCCUUUCUGUAGAACAAAAUGCAAUUUACCACUUGGCUGUCUAUUGUAUCACACUGUCACAGGCCCACCCAGUCAACAUCACCUCAUAAGAUUGCCUGCUAAAGUUGUUCGAGAGAUGUCUAAUUUGUAGCUAAACAUGCAGCAUAUAGAAGACCAGCAAGGGGGCCCUUGUCAGCAUCAUGCAGACAUGCCCUCGAUGUGAGCUUUCCUAAGAAUGGAACAAUCAGCCACAUGUUGGCAAGUAUCCGGCCAGCAAACUUCACCUGUCAGCUGCAACAGCUUUCACAGGCUCAUCAUUUGUACAAAUACAGAAGUAUCUUUGAUGAAGAGCCAGGAGCUGAUCUACGCUGCUAUUACCAUCAAUGGGGAUCUGGCAAAGCCCUAACCUACAGCCUCACCUCUUGCCUGCUCACCAAUGAUUGUCGAUGGGAAGAACAGAAUUAGAUGCAGAGAGAACUGGCACUCAACACAUCCACAAUGAGAUUGAGAGGACUGUAGAUGCUUUUGCCAGAUGGAAGCCUUAGUCGUUUGAUGGGGAGACCAUAAUUGGAAACAUCUAUAGAGCCAGCACAUGGAGACUUGUAAGAUGAUGUGUUGAAGUCCAUACAGACAGAUAUGUCUUUGACUGGAGCGAGACCUGGCACUUGGCAUAACAUUUUUACUUGUAUAUUGUCUUUUUCUAAAUUAUUGAAUUGAAUGGUAUCAGUCAAUUUGGGGAGGGAUAAACCCUGUGUAUUUUGCACCAGGAUCAGGGAACUCCUGUUGGUCACACAGGAAGGUUUGACCACUUUGACAUGUUUGCCAAGGUAGCCCCAUUACCACUAGACAAAAUGCUGAUAGGCACAGUAUCUGUAUCAGCUGGCAAUUGGCAAUGAAAGAUGGAAGGUACACAUUGUUAUAUUAGCAGCAGAACACUGCUAUGGUAUUCUGUAAAGGGUUGUUUAUUCUACAUGGACCGGUUACUACAUUUGAAGUCUGUAUCAAAACACUUAGUUUAGAAUAUCUACAUAAAUUCAGCAAUUGGAUUCUUCUCAUAUUACUCUGUAGGCUACUGACCUAUUCAAAAGUAAUUUGCUGUCAUUCGAUUGCUGUGUUGCUGUGAUCAGGGAACCCUUGUGAAUGAGACCCUGGACUCAAUGGGUUUUCCCUUAAUGAAUAAAUAAAUAAAGCUUCCUCCGGCAUCUCACCAUACAAAGGGCUGUGAUGGUAAUUCAAGAACCGUGUAACCGACACCGGUUAUGGAUGAAGACUGUCAUGGAAAUAAAAUAACAGUCAAAACAGUUUCAAUUGGCCUACAUUUGUUUUAGGAUUUAUUUCAAAUGUUUAUUGACUUUAUUUGAAUGUAGAUAAACUUGACCUAAUAGCGGGAGUGUUUACUAAUAAAGCAAUGGUUUUUCUUA